AUGGGCGACUCAACACCUAUAGUCCCGGGAGAGUAUUCACCUGAAAUCCCAGCCGUCGCCCACCGAGGAUUCAAAGGCCAAUAUCCCGAGAACACAUUACUGUCAAUCGAUGGCGCGAUCCGGGCCGGAGCUCACGCCCUCGAACUCGACCUCCAUAUCUCCCGCGAUGGGAUCGUGGUGUUAUCACAUGACCCGAGUCUCAUGCGCUGUUACGGCAUCAAGAAAAAUGUCAUCGACUGCGACUGGGAGUAUUUGAAAACCCUACGAACUCUGCAAGCCCCCCACGAACCGAUGCCCCGCGAAGCUGUUCUUCCCAAGUCGCACCUCACGAAUGAACCUCUCGCUAUAAUGGACAAAAUUGCGAAAAUCAUCGAGUCAGUCCCUAUGCCCGCGACUGGCCCCGACUGGCACCACCGCGUCGUUCUCGGCUGCUGGUCUGCACGAUACCUACCGGCGCGAGCAAAGCACUUGCCACGAUACCCAGUGACGCUAGUCUGUGUUGAUUUGAGCUAUGCGCGGCAAUUCCUCCAAGUCCCGCUUAUAUCCUUCAACGUCAACCAGAUGAUCCUGAUGGGUCCGCUCGGGCGAGGGUUUUUAGAUGAAGCGCGUGCAGCCCGACGUAAAGUCUACGCUUGGACGGUGAAUGCGCCGAAUCUGAUGCGUUGGUGUAUCCGACACGAGAUCGACGGGGUCAUCUCCGACGAGCCCGGUCGGUUCCGGCAGGUCUGUGAAGGGUGGGAGAAGGAACAUGCGGGUGUAUUGGUUGUCCCGAAUCCCAAUUUAGAUCGAAUCCCGUUGAGACAGCGGAUUGAGAUCAUUGCGGUGGCGCUUUAUGUUAUUUGCUUUGGAUGGAUCUUGAAACGGAUGUAUCUUACUCCCGUUGAGCGACUCGAGUUCGAGGACCCCAAGUUGAAAUAG